UAUAUAAUCGGUCCAGUUGGACCCAACGGUUAAAUGACCAUGUUGCUCCGGUGCCGGUCCGGUUCAGAUAAUUAUGGGAAAACCCAUCAAAUUUCCAACCUUUAUCUCCUAACAAUGACCAAUAUGAAAUCUCUCAGACAUGCCACCUUCUUCGUCUUUAAGUGGAACUAGCCAUGAGCUCUUUACAACAUAUAGCGAAACACCCAACAAUUUCUCUUGUAGAGACAUGCAAAUGUCUCAGAGAGAUCAAGCAAAUCCACACUCAACUGCUCAUUAACGGCCUGCUCAAUAACCCUCACCAUCAAGGCCAUUUUGUUGCAUCCAUUGCUCUCAAACACCCCAAUAAUCUCGAUUAUUCCAAUAAAAUCCUAGACCAAUGUGAUAACCCAACUCUGUUUGCCCUGAAUACCAUGAUCAGAGCUCACUCCAAAAGCACAAAUCCACAAAAAAGCUUCCAUUUUUACAACAACAUUCUGCAAUCAAGUACUAAACUUUCACCUGAUAAUUACACAUUCACAUUCUUAGUUAGGACUUGUGCACAGAUAUUGGCUUGUGAAACAGGUUUGACAGUUCAUGCCACUGUGAUAAAACAUGGGUUUGAGCAUGAUCCACAUGUCCAAAGUGGGUUAGUUUUCAUGUAUGCUGAAUUUGGUCUCUUAAGUUCUUCGAUGAGAGUGUUUGCAGAGAUUUCUGAGCCAGAUAUGGUGACACAGACUGCAAUGAUAGCAGCUUGUGCAAAGUCGGGUGAUGUUGUUUUUGCAAGGUAUUUGUUUGAUAGAAUGCCUCACAGGGAUCUUAUUGCUUGGAAUGCGAUGAUAGCAGGCUAUACACAAUGUGGGCAAUCUUUGAAGGCAUUAAAUUUGUUUCAUUUAAUGCAAUUGGAGGGCGUGAGAGUUAAUGAAGUGUCGAUGGUUUCAGCAUUGUCUGCCUGCACUCAUUUAGGUGCAUUGGAUCAAGGAAGGUGGGCACAUGCAUAUAUCGAGAAAAAUAGAAUCCGAAUUACAGUGACACUAGGUACUGCUCUUGUGGACAUGUAUGCGAAAUGUGGGGACAUGAACAAGGCUAUGGAAGUCUUUUGGGAAAUGAAAGAAAAGAACGUCUACACGUGGAGUGCUGCUAUGAAUGGCCUAGCUAUGAAUGGAUUUGGAGAGAAGUGUCUGGAGCUCUUUUCUGUUAUGAAACAAGAAGGGGUUGAGCCUAAUGAGGUCACAUUUGUUUCCCUGCUUAGAGGUUGUAGUGUGGUUGGACUAGUGGAGGAAGGUCGCAUGCAUUUUGAGUCGAUGAGAAAAGUGUAUGGAAUUGAGCCUCAGCUUGAGCAUUAUGGGUGCAUGGUUGACUUGUAUGGCCGAGCUGGCCGCUUAGAUGAAGCCUUUGACUUUAUGAAUAACAUGGUCGUUAAGCCUCAUGCUGGUGCUUGGGGUGCUUUGCUUAAUGCUUGUAAAAUUCAUAAAAAUAUGGAACUGGGUGAACUUGCAUCAAGAAAGCUAGUAGAGCUAGAUGCCAAGAAUCAUGGUGCUUAUGUGCUUUUGUCAAAUAUCUAUGCCGAUUCUAAGAAUUGGAAUAGGGUCAGUAAUGUGAGGGAAACAAUGAAGGUAAAAGGAGUUAGAAAGGUCCCUGGUUGUAGUGUCAUAGAGGUCAAUGGUGAAGUCCAUGAAUUUUGUGUUGGGGACAGAUCUCACCCAAAAUUUGCUGAAAUUGAAGUAAAGAUGGAAGAGAUGUCUAAAAGGCUGAAAUUAUCAGGUUAUGUGACUAACACUAAUCCAGUUCUUUUUGACAUAGAAGAAGAGGAGAAAGAGGAUGCUUUAGGUUUGCAUAGUGAGAAAAUUGCAAUUGCUUUUGGUUUGUUCAGUUUGCAGGAGUCUGUGCCAAUCAGAAUUGUGAAGAACCUCCGGGUUUGUUGGGAUUGUCAUGUUGUGACAAUAAUGAUCUCUAAAAUUUAUAAUAGAGAGAUUAUAGUGCGGGAUAGGAAUAGAUUUCACCAUUUUAAAGAUGGGGAGUGUUCUUGUAAGGGUUAUUGGUAG